AUGGUGCAGACACCACAAAUUUUACAGACUUUUACAGACUUAAAUGAAACCACAAUCUCAACACCAUUAUGUAAUGAAAAAGGUAUUGAGAAUGUGGUUGCUGAUUACCAAGUAUUAGAGGUGGUUGACCAAAAUUUGAUCACUCCGAAUAAAACCAAGAGGCUUACAUUUAGUACACCUAGAGCAGUGAAAAAGAAAUUGAAGAAAGAUGAGAACAGGACUGCGAGGAACUUAGCCAUAGCAGAAUAUUAUUCAGCCAAAAAACAAUGCUUAGAUGCCACAUUAAAUAAUAUUAAUUUAGAAAAUGAUAACUUAAAAUUAAAAAAUUUGGAGCUUAAUUUGAAUAACGAAAAACUUAAGUUAGAAACUGAGAAAUUAAAAUUAGAAUUAGAGAGGUUAAGAAAGCAGCAAUAA